AUGGCCGACGAACAGAUAAACCUCCCCUCGCUAGUGGUCAUUCUCGUGCUCUCGGGGCUUGUGCUCCGCUAUCUCUUCUUCUCCCCGCCGACGACGCAUGCCGUGGCCAGAGACUCGCUGGCGGCGCAGCGCUCCAGAGAAAGCGCCGUCGAGAGGAUACAGCAGAUGUUCCCCCAGGCGGACCGCAGGACAAUACUCUGGGACUUGCAGCGCAAUGGGGGCAACAUCACGGCGACUACGGAGAGGAUCUUGGCGGGGCGUAUGGAGACGCCUCCGAUAACAUUCCAACCGCCACCGCCACCCGGGUCGGCGCCCGCCAACGGAGCAUUGGGAGGAGCCUCGGCGAGGCAGCCGGGGACUCUGCAACAACAGGCCCAAGCCGCCGCCGCCGCCGCCGCCAAGACCCCGUCGAAGCCGGCACCCGCGGACCUCAUCACAAGAUAUAACCUAAAGGAUAAGCUCGGGGAAAAGGGCGAGCCGGAGAGCGCUCCCACUCCGCCUGUUGCAGCCGGCCAAGGCGGCAAGGGCACCAAGGCUUGGAGCACAAACAAGGAGGAGCGGCAGACGCUGCUUCAAAAGAGGAGGGACCAGAUGAUCCUCGAGGCGCGCCGCAAGAUGGAGGCCAAGAUCGCCGCCGAGAAAGCGGCUGCGGCAGCAAAAGGCUCCGAGGUCAGUUAG